UUGCUUUCUAUCUAGAUGCAUUUUAGUCUGUGGCUAAAUUAAUUUUUGCGUAGGAAAAAUCGUGUUAUUUCUUAUUGCCGUUUCUCCCGACCGAAAACAUGGCUGAGGCAGAGGAAACUCAGAAGAAAAAAAGGUGUUUCCGAAAGUUCACCUUUCGAGGAGUUGAUCUUGAUCAACUCUUGGAUAUGCCAAAUGAGCAGCUGAUGGUUUUGAUGCAUGCUCGGGCUCGUAGGAGAUUUUCCCAUGGAUUAAAGCGAAAAUCUAUGGCUCUUGUGAAAAAGUUACGCAAAGCCAAAAAGGAAACACCACCUAACGAAAAGCCAGAAAUCGUGAAGACUCAUUUGCGCAACAUGAUCAUAGUACCCGAAAUGGUUGGCUCUAUUGUAGGUGUUUAUAAUGGAAAGACAUUCAAUCAGGUUGAAAUCAAACCAGAAAUGAUCGGUCAUUAUCUGGGAGAAUUCUCUGUUACUUACAAACCUGUAAAACACGGUAGACCAGGUAUCGGUGCUACCCAUUCUUCAAGGUUUAUUCCACUGAAAUAAUUUGUAUUGUUAACUGUCAAUAAACUAUGUACAAAAAGUAAUA